GUACGGAGUAAUGGGAAGACUACCUGGUCAUAUUCGUACUGCACUCAAGCACAACGUUGGAGCUAAACUACCCGGCUAAACCAACAUAAUGCUUCGAAGGAGUCAUAAAAAGUCGCGUGCUGGCUGUUUAGAAUGCAAGCGCCGACAUGUCAAAUGCGACGAACAGCGGCCAAAAUGCAUCAUUUGCACACUUUCGGACCGGGAGUGCAGUUACCCACCCCUAGCCACGGACUCGUCGGGGCCCAGCACUCGUCCAGCAGCAACAACAGCAGCAGCAGCAGCACCAGCAGCAGCAGCAACCCGUGAGGCGUCAGCAUCGUCCGCUUUCUUGGCCGCUGCCAUCAACACCAGCAAUGCAAGCGACGCGAGCCCUGUCGCCGGCGUUCCUCUUCCCGACAUUGCAAGUCGAGGACGCACGUCGCCAGACAAUGCGGGCAACAACACUUACCCCGAGGUCAACUUGGGCCACAUGGAGUUGCUCAUCCGUUUCAACUUUGAAGAACACGCCCCCGAACUGAAUGUUGAGAUGCACGACUUUGCCUCAAAACUCCUGUUCAAGUGUGCGCUGGAGGCUCCUUACCUGAUGCACCAGAUCCUCGCCAUCUCAGCCCGGCGUCUAGCAGCACUGCAACCGGAGCGCUCCAAACACCUCCUCGAAACCGCUAUACACCUGCAGACCAGAGCCGUCUCUAUCUACAACGAAACGGCGGCCAGGUCUCAAAUAGACCAGAGCAACUGCUCUACCCUGCUCUUGUUCUGCUCCCUUCUCGGUCGUCACCUGCUAGCUGACCUUCUGGCGAGACGAGACGCUGACUUUGGCGACUUCUUGGCUCGCUUUCUGGAAUUCCUCUCAAUCUCUCGAGGCCUGAUGGCUAUGUCGGUCGCCGCCUGGGACCUGUUGCUUCAAUCCGAUAUCAAACAUCUUGUUCUUUGGGCACUCGAGAUCUCCCAAUCGACACCCCAGGGCCAUCAUUGCGAUGAAUUGCAGCGCCUCGUCCUCGAGUCGACUGAACUGGAUGAAUCGUCCAAGGAAGCCUGCGUUGCGGCAAUCGCCUACCUUCAGGUCGGCUUUGACAGUCUGCUGGGAGGUGAUACCCGAAACCAGCGGUACCUGAUGGUUUUCAUGUGGUAGGUUUGACAUUCGACCAAUGCCAUGAGCACCACUGAUCAGUCGCACGUGUACGCACAGGGCGCCCGCUGUACCGCAAAAAUUUACCGACUUGUUGUCCCAACGGCGCCCUGAAGCGAUCGCUAUCAUGGCCCACUGG